CAGUCAGAACGUAACCAGAUCCAUCCUUCUUUUUCAACACAUCCUCAUCACCACCAACCACCAACACCAGCGCCGCCAACGCCACCCUACGACACCGCGAAAACCGUCACCGUCGCACCCCACCCCGCACACCCUUCACAAACCCGACCGUCGCGCUCCACCACGAAAAAAUGUCCGAUCCCGACCGUGAAGCUUCGCGCGUCUGGCGCGCCUGGAGGACCAUCCACGAGAUGGUUGCCGACCGCGGCUACCAAAUCUCUGAGGAGGAAUACAGUCUGCCAUUGACGGACUUCCAAGGGCGGUACUGCGACUCCGAAGGUCGCCCGCAGCGCAAAGCACUCAGUUUCUCCGCGAACCCGUCCGACCGGAUGAUGGAGGUGCACGCGGCGCUCAAGACGGGCGUGCCGCCGGACUGCGGGCCCAUCUGGGUCGAGUUCCUCUCUGACCCGUCGAUUGGUGUCAAGCAGGCGAAGGCGUUUGUUCACCGCGUCAAGGACGGAAACUACCACACCGGAAUCAUGGUCUGCAUCAAUGCCCCCACCGCUGCCUCGCUCAAGAGUUUUGCCGCCGUCGAGAAGGAGUGCACCGUCGAGAUCUUCCUUGAGGAGAACUUGCUCGUCAACAUCACCAAGCAUGAGCUCGUGCCGAAACACGUGCUGCUCAGUAAGCCCGAGAAGAAGGCCCUGCUCCAAAGGUACAGGCUCAAGGAGAGCCAGCUGCCUAGGAUCCAGAAGGAUGAUCCCGUCGCUAGGUAUUUCGGACUGAAGAAGGGAAAUGUCGUCAAGAUCAUCCGCCGGAGUGAGACCAGUGGACGGUACGCGAGUUAUCGGCUUUGCUUGGGUUAGAGGAAUGGUGUGGGUGGGCAAUGGGAGCAUAGUAGUGUAAUUAGAGAGGUGUUCGUCCCUGCUGGUGGUGGUGACCGGCGGUGGCGAUUGUUGGCUUGUCUACGAUUUGCAGAAUUGGAGUUUGGAUGCUUUACGGCUGGCUGCUGAUGUCACGGUUCCUUUUUUUUCUCGCAUCUUAUUCUUGACGAGGGAUAAUGGUGCAAGAGGAGGAAGACAAUAGCAUUUUCAUUUGUAUUCAACUGCGAGCGAACAAGUAAAACACAAUUGGAUAUA